AUGAGUUGGUGUGACAAGGUCGCAGGGCACGGCUCCAAUGCAUGCCUCUUCCAUGAUAUUAUGGAUUUGAUGCAGGGACGGGGUGCAUGGUCGCAGUAUCCAGUACUACCCUACUCCAAGAAGCUAGCCGCAGCCCAGGGUCAGCCUCUAAGCUCCAGCUUGCGUUGCGAGACCCAUAAUCAGUGCUGCCCGACAAACAUUGCCGUCGACUUCGACGUCUCCGGCCUCCCUUGCCCGGACAUGAGUCAGGCUGGCAAGCGCAGGCGACGUGCCGGCCCGACAUCAGCAGACCUGGAUAUGGGCAUGCUGGAGGACACUCACCCGGAUCAUGACUUCUAUCAGCUGUUCAGUGAGCCGGCCGAUGUCGGCUUCUUUGGGACAGCCCGUUACAGGACAUGGGUCAUCGGGUCUCACCAACGGUACUCAACGUGCCUACGAGAUCCCUUUGAGUUACAAGACCUGCUGACAACAUCGUUUCGCAAGCAUGUCUGUGCAAAGGUAUCAGACUAUCUUGUGGCGUCUGCGGCCGAGAUCCAGAUGGAAGCUGGAAUGGUAGCGUCACGCCGGGGCCUCUCCUUGCGGCCAGGCGUCACAAAUCUCGCUUACCUGCUUAGCGAGAGGGAGUUGUCCACGAAACAAGGCUUGGACUUUCGGUACGUAGAGAGGUAUGGUGCGCUGCCCAGUUCCAAUCCAGAGUUAGUGUACUACCUGGGAGACACUGCAGAGUAUUGCACCUGGAGUGCGGUGAGCAGCGCAAUCCCCACGUACCGCCGUAACAAGCACGCAAAGUACUGGCUGCCAUCGAUGCAGAGAUGGAUGACUGCCAAGGAACGCUUGGUCUCCAUGGGGUUCCCUUGUACCAAGGAGUUGGCCGAGAGCAUGUCUGUGCCAGCACUUGGGGCCACGGACGUGGCCAGGGCAGGGGACCUGCUCGGCAACGCUAUGCACUUCACGACGUGUGGCAUCAUGCAGCUGAUUGCUUUGUCGUGCUUUGGACCACCCGAGGGGGAUGGUGUUGCUUUGCUACCCGGAGCCGGCGUGCGGGACCUCCUCUAG